UAGUUGGAAAUAUUCAGAAAUCAGGCUGCAGGAACUUUGAGCUGUUGGAAUGGCUACGACGACAAAACCACAGCUGCUGUCUGACCUCGUCGCCGGCAUGUCCCGUGUUCCCCCGAACUACAUCCGACCCACAUCUGACCGUCCAAAUCUUCAUGAGGUUGAAUCAUUGGAUGGUGCCAUUCCUCUCAUCGAUCUUCAAGGCCUUAAUGGUCCUAACCGUUUUAAUAUAAUCAAAGAGAUAGGCCUUGCCUGCAAAAGCUAUGGAUUCUUUCAGGUUAAAAACCAUGGAGUUUCUGAAGCAGUGAUCGAUAAUAUGUUACGCGUAUCGAGGGAGUUUUUUCAUCUGCCAGAAAGUGAGAGGUUAAAAAAUUAUUGUGAUGAUCCAAUGAAGACGACGAGGCUAUCCACUAGUUUCAACGUCAACACCGAAAACGUAUCCAGCUGGAGGGAUUACUUAAGACUCCAUUGCCACCCUCUAGAGGAUUACAUGCAGGAAUGGCCUCUCAACCCUCCAUCUUUUAGAGAAGUUGUCGCUGAGUAUUGCAAAAAUGCAAGGAGUAUAGCACUGAGACUGCUUGAAGCAAUAUCAGAGAGCUUAGGGCUGGAAAAGGAAUACAUAGAUAGGGCUCUGGGAAAGCAUGGGCAGCACAUGGCCAUCAACUACUAUCCGCCAUGUCCCGAACCAGACUUGACCUUAGGAUUGCCGGGACACACCGAUCCGAACGCCAUAACCAUACUCCUCCAAGAUGAGGUUCCGGGAUUGCAGGUCCUUAAAGAUGGCAAGUGGGUUGCUGUCAAUCCCAUUCCAUAUACCUUUAUUGUCAACAUCGGCGAUCAGAUACAGGUACUUAGCAACGAUCAGUACAAGAGUGUGCUGCAUCGGGCAGUGGUGAAUUGUGAGCAGGAGAGGAUCUCUAUACCAACCUUCUAUUGCCCAUCGCCUGAUGCCAUGAUAGGACCAGCUCCACUGCUCAUCAACGUUGACCCUCCUCCCUACUACAGAAAUUUUGCCUAUUCUGAGUACUACCAGAAGUUUUGGGAUCGUGGUCUCACUACUCAAACCUGCUUGGAUGCGUUCAAGACCUCUCGUACUCCUUAACCU